AGAUCAUCAGCCUACAUCAUGCGGUAAAAACUACACCAAUACUGCGGGCUUUCUAUCCGUUCCUCGGUCAUUGGAACCUUGUGAGUUGCGAUUAAUUAGACCCAAAGGAGAAAGGCUCUUCUUGAGUGUUGCAGAUAAUCAAGGCUGUUGUUAUGAUAUUGUGGUAUACAAUGGUAUAAAAGAUACUGAAUCUAUAAUUUUCAACGGAUCAAUGACCACAGGAAAUAGCACUAUACCGUCUUUAAUACCUAUUAAUGUUAGCAAAGCUCUAGUUACCGUUAGAAAUCAUCAGGGGGAAGGACGUAGGAUGAUUGUGUUGCGAUAUUAUAGCGCAGCAAAACCCGACAACAAGGGAAACAGAUUCGUCUUUCCAAUGAAUCCACUUAAAUUUGUUUCAACAUACAAGUAUCAGAAUGUCACUGUGUUUGAUUUUUGUAAAUCAAUUCAUUACAAUGUUUCUAUAGAUAGCACGUAUGUUAACACUCAAUCAUAUACACCAUAUACACCAGAGGGUAGUAGUGCAAAACGGUCUAUACAAGAAUUUGACGUAUCAAGUAUAGUGGCAGACAACGAUAUUGUCGUUUAUAUUAACGCAAUGCAAUGGUUUAUUCCAACUGCAGUCAUGCCGAUCGAUGUCCUAGGAACACAAUAUAUUAUAAUUUCUUCAAAUAUAACACCACAAAUAACGGUAAUGGGAAUAGGAAUAGCUACUCAUGUGAACCUAACAUUUCCGGAAUGCUCUGGAAACUGUUCGUUACCUGAUUGUGCCACACAAGAUGUAAAUUAUAAAUUGCCGAAAAACGGGGACUGUAUCAGCGUAAGUCAUUCAUGCCAAGCAGACUUAACAGGAUCCAUGAUUACUAGUGAAUUUCCUGUAUCAGUUAUGAUGCAUAAUACUCAUCAAAUGUUGCAGUUACCACCUACAAAUACUUGGGGACGUAAAUUUAUAGUCGCAUCGUUGCCUUAUACGUUUUUACGUUACUAUAUUUUAAAAAUAGUUUCAAAAGAAGCUGAUACAAAUUUGACUAUACUUUGUUAUAGGCCAGACGCACUUAUCGAAAAAUAUUACCUUUAUCUCAACAACAGCGGAGAAUGGGUAGUACAAUCAAUUAGCACGGACAGAAAUUGCUUGAUUAAAUCAAAUAAACCAGUAUUACCAGUGCAUAUUAUGAAAGAUAAAGAAGUAGAAGAACUUAGACAAAAGGAAAGUAUGUACAUCAUACCACCUGUAGAGCAAUUUUCCUCUGACUAUUUGCUACCUGCAGAAUUAUGCAAUGUUUAUGGACGCAACAGAUCUCUUAUCAUUAUUUGUAAGACCAACCAUACUAAUGGCUUAAGAAUGGAUGGCUUGCCUAUUGCAGAUAAUAUUUUUCAACGACGGAAUAUAGGCCAAACGGGGUACACCAGUCUGUUUGUUAAUCUUGAUGAGCCAAACUUGCAUCUUUUAGACCACACUGAGCCAAAUAUUGUAUUCGGAGUGUUCCUGGUCUGUUCAAUACAAAACGAAAACUACGUUGUUCCGCUAGGAAUGAGAACGGCGCCGAUAGCUGAGAAAUGUGAGUUUACUUCUAGUACUCCUGGCGACGGUUUCGACAACGAUUGUGAUGACCAUAUUGACGAGGAUGUCUGUGAUAUAAAUUCUAAAGAUGAUAUUUACAAUAAAACUGAUUGUGCCGCCAUUUCUCGAGAAAUUAUUCCUUGUCUCAAAUUUUUUGACACCAAUGGAGUUGUAUGGAAAACUACAUUGCCAAAUAAUUAUGACUAUCAAACUUGUGGAAAAGGAAUGACAGGAAAUACAUCGAAUUUUUGUGAGCUUAAAGAAGGACGAUACGGUGUUUGGAAGGGAUCAGAUACUUCCUUAUGUGUCAGUGAAGCACUCAGUGUAAUCGCUGUCAAGUUACAUCUCAUCUUGAAUAGUACAAGUAAUGUAACGUUAGCAGACAUUCUAAAUGAAACACUGAGUGUUACUAAUAAGCUGAUAUCAAAAGACAACUUCAAUGCAGGAAAUUUAAAGUCCGUUAUAGAAAUUCUAGAUCUAGCAGUGACCAUAAUUGAAGAAAGAUCAUCAUUAGGAACAACAAAACGUGAAAGAGAAAACUUCAUAUCAGUUUUGGAUAGACUGUUAUCAAGCGUCAACGUGGAAAGCUGGAGAAUGUUAAAUCAGAAAAUCAAAACAACUAACUAUGUUUCGACCAUUAUGAGUAUUGUUUCACGAUUCGGAUUCCAAGUGCACGUAAAUCAACUUGAGGAUGUUAUAAUUGUUCGAGAAAAUAUAGUCUUUGAAUCUAAACAAGGUUUUAUUGAUGACGUGAUUUUCCCGAAUGUGACUGUGCUAUCAAGCACCUAUCAACAGAUGACGAAUUCUGUAAACGCUAUGUUAUUUCUUAGUAAGGAUACUAUAAAGAAUAACCUAAAUGGAAGUAUUGAUUACACAGCUGUAUAUUACAGAACAUUGGCGAAACUUUUACCCUCCAACUUUGGAUUGAGUGUAGGAUCAGAUAUUGUGUCAUUUUCCUUACCAGCAUUUACAGCAGCAAAUAAUUUAUUUCCUCCUGUUAAAAUCGAGUAUGAGUAUGUAUACAGUAACAAAACGAAUUCUACUUGUGUGUUCUGGGAUUUUGAUAAAGGCAUUGAUGGCGAUUGGUCAACAGACGGGUGUUAUGCAGAGUACAGAAAUUCAAGUUACACAUCUUGUCGAUGUAACCAUUUUACUAAUUUUGCUGUCCUUUUGAGUGCUUUUAAAUUUUCCAAAGAAGACACUACUGCAUUAACGAUCAUAACAUGGCCCGGAUUGGUGACGUCAAUUUUAUGUUUAUUAGUCACAAUUUUUCUGCACAUUUAUUUUUGGAGGAAUGUAAGUUCAGACAAAUCCAAGAUUCUGAUCUGCCUGUGUGCAGUGUUAGUGCUUGCCUAUAUCAUAUUAUUAGCUGGCUUAAAUCUUACAGAUAAUUCAGCUAGGUGUUCAGCGAUAGCUAUAGUCCUGCACUACUUAUUUUUGUGUGCAUUGUGUCUGAUGGUCGCUGAAGGAAUAGACAUAGCUAUGUCAAUCUUAAUUGUAUUUUCAAAAGGAAGAUCAAACGCAGGACUGUUGAUAUCAUUUGGUCUAGUGUUUCCAUUCGUCAUUGUCGUGAUCUCGAUGGCAGCAACCGAGUUUAAAGGAUAUGGGACCGAACAGUAUUGUUGGUUGUCAGUCUCAAAUGGAUUGAUCUACGCCUUUCUAGUACCUUGCAUUAUUGCAGUCUUGACAAAUAUUAUAAUAAGUAUAUUAGUACUGAGGAAGAUGUUCUCAACAAAAGCAAUGAUGAAUAAAGACGCUAAAGAAAAAAUCAGAGCCGGUGUUCGUAGCAUAGCUGUUCUAGCUCCAAUACUUGGACUGACGUGGCUUUUUGGAAUAUUAUCUUCUCAUAAAGACCUAAUUGUUUUUGCUUAUUUAUUCACAAUUUUUAACUCGUUUCAGGGUCUAUUAAUCUUUAUAUUUCACUGUCUAAUGAAUCCAAAAAUACAGCAAGCAGUAAAACGUAAAUACGACAGAUUUGUUCUAGAUCAUCCCUGGGCUAAGAUUAAAAGGAAGGAGAAGAUGAACGUAUCAACAGUGGAUACGGAUGUUUCCAAGACUACAAAACCUACAACAGGCACAGACAGUACUGGAGUUUGAACCUUAGAAAACUAGAAUUCGGAGAAUACGCAACAGUUAUGGGAACAUGCAGUCACAUGAUUGACACCUAUAUUGUAAAUUGGAAAGUCAAAGCAACAGUUAUCCCAUUGCAUAAGAUGUUUAAUGUAUAUUAAAUCAAAACGUCAUAUAACUUUUAUUUUGAAAUAUAGAUAUAUUAUAAUCAAUAGUUGAUUCCUUGUUUCUUGGCAAUCAUUUGCAUGAAUCGAAAUCAAAUUCUUCAUUUUUUAAACAAUAAAACCUAUUUGCCAGCACUUUUACACUUUAAUGAAGUGUCAAAAGCUUGUGAUUUUUCAUGUAGCUAUUAGUCAUACCAAUUUUAACGGAAAACUUUCCGUUUGAACCACAAAACCAAUGUGAAAAUGUUUUUGAAUUUAUAAACAGUUAGCUAGAGUAGAGAUAUGUGUGUAUCAUGUGAUGGCGAUGGUAUUAUGUUAACUUUCUAUGUAUUACAGUAACUGUGAAAUAGUCUUUAGUCUGUAUGAGAAAUGAAACAAAAAAAAGAAAAAAGAAACAACAAUAUCGAAGGUUUUUUUUGAAAAUAAAUAAUUUUUGUACAUAUCGUGUGAAAAUAAUUGAAUAUUAAUAGUUUUCCUCCAACUAAAGCUACACGGAAAAGCUACAUGUAAACACAGGUUUCCCUGAGAACAAGUAUUAUAAACAAAACUUCAAGCCUUUAUUAUAAUCAAUUAACCAGUACAAUGUAAAUCUGAAAAAAAAGUAUCCAUAUAACGGGAAUUCAAGUAUGUAGAAAGCUUCAAUAUACCCUUUGUUUUUUGUAGGAAGAUCAAUAAAAAGGAUUUGCCUUGUAAAAAAAAGGUCUUUUCGUACUCAAUGGACUCUUUAAGACGUCAAGCAGGUUCUCGUCGCUUCUUUUUACUGAAAUGAACAAUUGUUUAGAAAUUAAGAAAUCCAUUAUAAAACUUUUACAGUACAGAGUGUAUGACUUUUUUUAUAUGUUUUCAUUGAAUCCUUUUUUUUGUUUCAAAAGUACACCAAAAACUGUCUUACUCGGCAACUUCUCAGGUACAAACUCUUGAAUGAUCUUCCCAAUAAUAAGAACAUUGCAAACAUUUUAUACACAAAUUUGUGUAUGGGAUUAUAGUAUGUAUAGAAUAUAUUUUCGUAAUUUAUUGAGAACAUGCGAUGCUGCUCACGAAAGUCAGUACAAUAGGCUUAUAUAAGUGCUUCUUGUUCGGCGAAGAACAGGAGGUUUAUCAAAUCCUCCCCGAGUGUAUUUUUAGCUUUGUAGUCAGAUCUUUGUACCAUCCUGAUUUUUUAGAUUGGGUUUCAAAUACUCUAUUGUAUUACUUAUUAAUAUCUUAUUAUAAAGUUGUUACUCUUUCACGCAGUAUUGGUCUUAGUUCUGUUUAGGCUCGUUUUGGCUUAGAUCUUUAAAAUUGUUAACAUUAAUAUAUAUUGAUUCCCAAACGUUCAAGAUGAAGAUAAAUCCCUGCAAAAAGGAACUGGCUAUCGAGAAUUUUCAUUUCAAUUUAAAAACCUUAAGAAAAAACACACGUGUUUUACAAAACUAGGACCGAAAAAGAAGAACAAAAAAGUACCAGAGCGAUAACAAUAAUAGGAAAACCAAUUUACGUUUGCAAUUUCUUUUAUCUCAUUGGUCAUCACAGUCAGGUUCGCCAUUCUACUUGUAAUGGUUUGGGUGACACACGUAUAUUCCAUUCGAACUACACAAGAAUUCACCAUGAAUACACUUUUAUCUGUAAAAUAAACAUAUCAUUGAACACUAUAGCUGUUAUGGAAUUAAACAGUUAUCAACAUUAAAAACCAAAGCAGUCAAAUUAUCAAAAAUUAUAAGUUGUUAAAUGUAACUUUAGCCAUUUACUUGUCUUAUCAUCUUUUCAAUGCUUACCCUUCCGGAGCCCCUUUUUAGAUUACAACCGAUCUAUGGUAAGUACCGUGUUGCGUCUUUAGUUCUCAAUGUUGUGAUUUGUAGACUGUUGUUUCUAAAACAACAAAUCGACUGUUUAUGCAGUUAUAUCUGUUAUUUCAUCGAAAGUCAUGUGGUUAACAGCCAUGGUGUCUGGAAAAUAUAAUCAUCGAAUAUUAUUUGUGGAUAAACAUAUUGUAAUGUUUCUAGUUUCAUGUAGUCAAAAUAAAUGUUUGUCCGUAUGUAUUUUUACCAUAGAAUUUAUAUGUUCGUAUGCACUUGUACCAUUAAAUAAUAAGACAUUUUUUCUUUGAAAUACUGUUUUCUUAAAACCAAGAGUUGGUAGUUCAAUGAAAUCAGCUAUAAAGGCAACAUAUGUGAGGUACAAGAGUGAAAACAUUAAGAUACCUAUCAACAUUUUCAUGACAUGCUGAAUUAUGACCCCUUAUGAAACAAGGGAGUUUAUUUUAAUUUUACAUAUUUUGUUAUUCACAACUCAAUGUUUGAUCUUACAACUCUCUCUAAACAAGAUAGCCUGCGUUGUGUACUAUAUAUAUAUUUCAUCACAGAAUCCAAAUGUACAUUUUUUAAAUUAUUGAUAAGAAGUUUUGACUAAAAGCUCAUAUUAUAGUUAUAAAAACAACAAGGGUCUUAAAUGAGGUAACGCAAAUUGUAUAGUACUGUAAUCAAUUUAUUUUAAGUAAUAAAAGGAAUUGACACGA